CGCUUAAAAAUCUAUCACGCUCCAUGAAACCUGAAGCCCACAGCCGUCUCAAGACUCGCUCUGCCCAUCUCCGUCAUAUGCAUGUACUUCGCAUCGAAAACGGCGAGAUAGCUCCUGCCGUAAAACCAUCCAUAACCACGUUCAGCACGCCGUCCUCCUCCGUCCCGUCGGUGUCGGGAACGAAGAUCGCUUUGCUGGUGGACUGCGCCUGCGCGGACCAGUAGGUCGCGGUGUACGUGGCGGGGUCAGACUCGAGUGCCCGCGGUUGCUCACGCUGUAGACGUAGCGCGAGGGUUUGCAGUGUGUGGGGGAGCGGUCCGUUCUAUUCCCGAGGACGCGUUCACGCGGAACACGCGAUAGACGGCGCUCUAGCCGGCUUGAAGGUUGUAAGUAGCUGUAUGCGUCGCCUGUGACGGGGUCACUCUUGGCGUGCGCGGCCGAGUUGCGGCCUUGAAGGUCCGAGUGGAGUACGUCCUGGUUGGUGUGGCCCUGGUUGGCAUGGUCCAGUGGCUCGAGGGUCUGCGCGCCGGCCGCGGCGUCGGUCUUAUUCCACAGGCUCGCGAUGCCGUGUCCGUCCUUCUCCCUUUGCUGCAGGCUCUUUCCGACGGUGUCCAGGACGCCGAGCGGGUAGACAGAGAGGCGGUGAUGUCAAGAUCAAAGUCAGCGUCAUUCAAGACCAGUCGCUGAAGGGCUCCAGCACGAUGGUGAGGUCUGCGCAGCCUGAAUAGCAGGCGAGACGAAUGUAUUGCAGACAGAUAAUGGGGCGCAGCGACGUUCAUCUUAUUGAACCUAAAGGAGAUUGUGCCCCACUCUUUC